GUAACGUGCCUUGACAGCCCAACACCCACCGAAUACACUACAACGCCAACGAGCACCUGCCACUGCGGCCCCGACACAUCCGUGCCUCACUACACCAAAGCGGAGGAAAUGCCGAGCAAUGAGAGCCCCGCCGUGGCGGCGUGCCCGAUGCGCCUGACGACGGAGUUUGGCGCGCCGGUGGCGAACAACGACGACAUGAUGACCGCCGGCCGCCGCGGCCCCGCCCUGCUGCAGGACGUGUGGCUGCUCGAGAAACUCGCCCAUUUCGACCGCGAGGAGAUCCCGGAGCGCCGCAUGCACGCCAAAGGCUCCGGCGCCUUUGGCACCUUCACGGUGACCCACGACAUCACGCAGUACACGAGGGCGAAGCUGUUCUCCGAGGUGGGCAAGAAAACGGAUAUGUUCGUGCGCUUCUCGACGGUGGCGGGGGAGAAGGGCGCGCCGGACCUGGAGCGCGACAUCCGCGGCUUCGCGAUGAAGUUCUACACGGAGGAGGGCAACUGGGACCUCGUCGGCAACAACACGCCGGUGUUUUACUUUCGCGACGCGCUGCGUUUCCCCGAUCUGAACCACGCGGUGAAGCGCGACCCGAAGACGAACAUGCGCAGCGCGCAGAACAAGUGGGACUUCUUCACGAUGCUGCCGGAGGCGCUGCACCAGGUGACAAUCGACAUGAGCGACCGUGGGCUGCCGGCGAACUACCGCCACAUGCACGGCUUCGGCAGCCACACGUACAGCUUCAUCAACGCGAAGAACGAGUUGGUGUGGGUGAAGUUUCACUUCAAGUGCCAGCAAGGCAUCAAGAACGUGACGGACGCGGAGGCGGCGCAGAUCGUGGGCACGGAUACGGAGAGCAGUCAGCGCGACUUGGUGGACGCCAUCGAGCGCGGCGACUACCCGCGGUGGGACAUGAAGGUGCAGCUGAUGACGCGGGAGCAGGCGAAGCAGUGCCCCUUCAACCCGUUCGACUUGACCAAGACGUGGUCGCAGAAGGACUAUCCGCUGAUCGAUGUGGGCGUGAUGGAGCUGAACCGCGUCCCGGAGAACUACUUCGCGGACGUGGAGCAGGCCGCCUUCAGCCCGGCGGUGGUGGUGCCGGGCAUCAGCUUCUCGCCGGACCGCAUGCUGCAGGCGCGGCUCUUUUCCUACGGCGACGCGCAGCGCUACCGCCUGGGCGUCAACUACGCGAGCAUCCCGGUAAAUGCUCCGCGCUGCCCCUUCCACAGCUACCACCGCAACGGACUGAUGCGCGUGGACGGGAACAACGGCGCCAACCUGCAAUACGCCCCGAACAGUGCCGGCGAGUGGCAGAGCAACGCUGCGGCUGAGGAGCCGGCCCUGCCCGUGGAGGGCUACGCAUGCCACUACGACUUCCACGAGGACGACGACGAUUACUAUUCGUGCCCCCGUGCUCUGUUCGAGUUGAUGAGCCCUGAGCAGAAGACGGUGCUGUUCGAGAACACCGCGAGAGCGAUGCAGGGGACGACGAAGGAGGUGCAGCUCCGCCACAUCCACAACUGCAUGAAGGCGCACAGGGACUACGGUCUGGGCGUCGCCAAGGCGCUGAACGUCAGCGAAGCGGAGAUCUAA